AUGACUCUACCCUCAUAUUCAGACACAGUCGAAACCGUUGACGGCAUCUGCCGUUAUCCUCGUACGGGCAUCAAAGUCAUUAUAUCUGGCGCUGGGAUAGGCGGUUUGUUCUCUGCCCUGGAAUGCUGGCGCAAGGGCAACGAUGUUGAGAUCUUAGAGCAGAACGACAACCCGUCCACUCUGGGCGACUUCUUCGUCAUUGGCCCUUCCGCACUGUCGACACUGCAUUAUUAUCCCAAGAUGCUUGCUGAAUAUAAUGCGAGUUCGUGGAAUUCACCUUUAUGGUGGUGUGAUCCAGCUGGGAAUAAGCUCGUUAGCGAAUUUCCUGAAUGGAAUCGUCCUGGAGCUGCGCCGCAUGCUGCCAAAGAUGUUCCAAUUGUUGGUUUCAUCAAGCUCCGUCCCGAGAUUAUUCAUAUGAUGGAAGACCAGAUUAAUCGUCUAGGUAUUUCAAUCCAUUACGGCCGUAAGACCAUCAGUUAUGAAGAAGACAGUUCUUCCGGAGAGGCCCGUGUCCUAACGGCGAGUGGUGAAGUCUUCACAGGUGACGUUGUCGUCGCUGCUGAAGGCAUUGGUACCAAAUCUCAUGAAAUUGUCACAGGCCGUCGAGUGCCUUUCGUGGAUAGUGGAUACGCAAUCAUGAGAGGCGCAUUCAGUCCCAGUCUCAUUGCGUCCGGCUCAAAAGGGGCUAAGCUUUUACUUGAGCCCGGGCAAACCCCCGAGGUUCGCACCUACGCUGGCAAAGACAUGCACCUCAUAACGCUGUUUACACACGAGAAAGUAGGCCUUGCAUUUACGCACAAGGAAGACGGGAGUGCCAAAGAAUCGUGGAGCAACACCAUCCCAGCCGAGGACCUCGUCGCGAUACUUAGGGAGCGCACCAACUGGGGUGACGAGAUCAUGGACUUUGUCAAGCAAGUACCUGCAGACACCCUUAUCGACUGGAAGCUUACGUGGCGUGACCCCCAACCCGUAUGGGCGUCUCAAGGAGGUCGCAUCAUCCAGCUGGGUGAUAGUGCACACGCUUUUCUGCCAUCAUCGGCCAAUGGAGCUACACAAGCAAUGGAAGACGGCAUAUCACUCGCGGAAUGCCUCCACCAGGGCGGCAAAGGCCGUGUGCCAUGGGCAACUCAAGUGCACACGAAGCUGCGAUACCAGCGCGUGUCGGUGAUCCAGCAGCUAGGCAUCGUAACACGCCAUACACUACAUCACAUUGAUAUGAGUCUUCUCGACGAGGGGAAAAAUCCGUUCGAGAACGUCUUUCGUCUUGGUCGCUGGAUUUGGCAACAUAAUCCGGAGACAUAUGCCCAGGAGCGGUUCACAGCCGCGCUCGAUCAUCUGCAGACGGGCGCACCGUUUGAGAACACAAAUCUGCCCAAGGGACACGUGUAUAAGGAUUGGGAUGUCGAAAGCGAAUUGAAGAAGCAAGAUACUGGCGUGCUGCCGGAUUUAAUGUCCAAUGGUGAUUGGAGCAGUUAG